AUGCAGAGUAAGGUUACGCGAGAUGUGCGCAUAGUUUUUUUUUUAUCGAUCGAUAUGGUAGCCGGAUGUGUGGCGGGAAAGACUUAUUUACUUCACGUUAAACGGGGAGACAAGAUUCACGCGUCGUCGCCUCCGCUCAUUGCAGACGAUGGAGGAAAGCUUCACGUGAACUUGUCUCGCAUCUUUACGUCAACGCUGCAACGACAGAACGAUUGGAAGUACAAGAAGAAGCCACUCAAGGUUCGCAUUGAAGAGUUGCGCUCCCAUUUUGUGACAAGUUUGUCCUACGACUUGAGCAAGAACAUUGUUGAAGAAACUUUUCCGGAGAGAAGGGUGAUUAUCCGUGAACGGGACGGGUUAACAGAGGUUCAUUUAAGACUGAGGGGUGUAAAAGAAAGUCUUUAUAUCCGGCAACAAGAUGUUCAAACUGCUUCCAAUGCAUCCUCUAGCUCCUACAUGCGCGAGCCGAGCACCGCGUCCUUGUUUGGACCCCACGAUCCCUCUGAGGAACAUAUUAAUCAUUCAACCACUUCAUUUGUGGUUGACGAUUACUUAAGUGUCAUUGAUAGUUUGACAGGGACUGCAAGCGAGCAAAGGAGCGAGGAUAUCCAUUCUGAGACGAAAGAAACUCAGGUGGACAAAGAACUCAAUAAAAUAAAUUUUGACAAGUGUGCUUCAGCCCCGGAUACAUCUUUACACCCGUUAGUUGCACCCAUGCAUCGAAGGACGGGGGGCGUGUCAAAUACAAUCAGCAAGGAAAACUUUAAGAAUCUUGCUUUUACACGGGGCUCAGAUGCGGCUGUUUUGAAGGGUAAGGAUUUAUCCACUCUUAAGCCGUCUUGGAAGAGGAAUAUUGCUUUUGAAGACCCCGUUCAUGGGGUCAUUAGGCAGAUUUGUGAUGCUGUAAGGUGGUGUGGAGACAUUGGUAGGGAGUCUCAAACAGCGAGAGAUGCUUCGAAUGGAGCUCAAUUAGCUCUUGAUUUUUAUUUAAAUCAGGAUGGAGAAAACCUGGGUCGCUUUGUUGUUAGUUUUCUGGCUCAUGUUGUUGUUGAAGUGUGUCGAGAGACGCGACACAUUGGCAACUGGCUUAUCCUUUUAACACACGUUAUUUACGGAUCCAUCCUGUACACAAGACAUCAAUUUAAUCCGUGUGAUGUUGAAGGGAUGUCUAUAAGAAUUGCAGAUCUCAGGGAUUUGGAUGUCGAUACGUUUACAACACGAGGAGAAGCCAUCAUACAGGAUCUUACGAGAGAUUUGAGUGUUCCUGUCGCAACAGACAUGUUUUGGUUUGCUGGUUUGGAUUACUGUGCCAGCACACUCGCUUUGCUUUGUAUUCACCAAAUUCAAGGUUUGUGCGACAAUUUUGUGACUCUUUUUCCAUUUUCAGGAAGAGGUUGCAUUUCAAUGGAAGAGGGAUUGGUUGCAGCAACGGCCAUACUCUGCUCACAUCUCCAUUCACUCUUGUCAACCUUACUUUCUCGGACGGAACAGAAGGAAUUAGCUGAUAUUCGUAACGCUCCUCCACUCUACAGAAUAAUUCUUGGGGAAAUUAUCACGAUGGUUUUUGAUCGUGUGGUAACAGUUAUUAUUUAG